GUAAAUUUUUGUGUCUGCGCUGGCGGAGAGGAUUUUGAGCGGAAAAUCUGAAAUACAGAACCGAAUGAGCCACUUGAUCUCUGCAGAUCCCAACUCUAAGGAUCGUACUUUUGCGGGAAACUGUAAACAACUGCUGCAAUGGACAAGUUCGGUAAACUUGUGGUGGGGAUUAAAGUCGACAUUCAACGGACUGAUGGUACGUGAUAAAGUAGUAACUAAGUGUUGUCUGCAGUUGACGACAACUUUUUGGCCUUGAUACAGACUCAGCCUAUUUUGACUCGUUUCUACAUCCUUUUUUUCUCUUUCACUAAAUCUGCUACAAAGAGAUUUUACUUGUGUAGUGUUUCUUUACGACAUUCAGUUACCCGCGAUCGAGUUUAAAAUUUUAGUAACCUUGGAUGAUCGAUCGCAUUUAUUUGUCAACGGCGAACCGGUCCUUAUUUCGCGUGUAAAUAACUCAAACUCUUAAUAUUUUCCCUGGUAACGCCUCGUUUCAUAAUAAUAAUUUUUCUGCAAAAUUUGCUCUCCUAUUCAAAGAUCUGCUUCCUUAUGCUAUGUUAAUUUUUUUAUGAAGUUUAGGACUAAAAUACGGUUGCCCAGGUGUACAUUUUAGCCAAGAUAUCAAUAAGAGAGGUGUUCAUCGAUUAUUUACACUUGCAAUAAUUCAAAUAUUGUGAUUAUUAAUUCAAACAACGCUUCAGUCGUCUAACAGCGUUAUCGAUGUCUCCCGUGGUGUCUCCCAGGAAUUUAAGUCUGAUCUGUUUGUGUAUCUUUGUCGAAGUACCGAACUGCCCAGCGUGUACAAUUUAGCUUAUGUAUCUAAUUAUAGUAGUUGAUUCAAAGUAAGAUAAAUAAAUAUUUUAGCCUGUUUUUAUUCAUUUCUUUGUUUAGUUUCUAUUGGUCAAAAUCCCCAGUCAUUUUAAAAAUACGUAGAUUUUUUAACACUUGUAUACAUUGCAUUCGUUAACGCGUUUUUCUUUCAGAGUGUAACUGGGAAAAAAUAUGUUGAUUUUUUAUGCAAAUAUCCCGAUUUUGAGAAAAAAAGUUGGAAUUGUUUUAGUAGUAGAUUCAUUUUAAAAAAUAAGAAUAAAAUUGGGGAUGGUACAUUUUCUUGUAUUAAGCACCCUUGUGCCAAUUGUGGAGACAAAAAUUUAUAUAAAUUUUAGAUAUAAAAAUUAGAUAAAUGAUGAUAAUUAGUUAAACAUCCCAGCUGGUGGGUAUCAAACAAGUUAGCUAUUGAAAAAGCACAACAAGAAGGUCAGAUUGUGAUGUGCUUUGAAACAACUUAGGUCAAGCAGAGUGGUAAAGUUGAACAUUCUGGAAAUUAAGAAACUCCAAAUCCAUCAAGCUAACAGACUAAUGGCCAGUGCCUUCAUGUGAUAAGUUAUCUUUUUCUUCUAGGCCGUGUCCAUUCAUCCAUGAUAAGUGGCAUCAACCUGGACACCAAAAGUGUGACUGUUGAGUGGUAUGAAAAUGGAGAAACAAAAGGAAAAGAGGUGAAAACAGUUAACCUUUUAACUCCCAAGGUCUGAUUGUUAAUUCUCCCAUGUAGCUGCUACACAUUUCCUUGUAAAUUAGUUAUGAGAACUUGGUGCUAGAUCAAGACAGCAGCUUCUACCUGAUAAGUUUUAAUAUUCUCUUUACCUGUUUGCUGAAGAAUGUAUGGAUAUUGUAGGGAGAAGUUUUAUAUUAAUCACUUCUGGGAGUUAAAAGGUUAAUAUAAUCAUGGAUCAUGUGACAGAGAUUUUUCAUUCUCCUUCUGUUUACAGACUGUCAUAUCAAAAGAAAGCAUGAGUUUUUCAAAGCAGUGUGCCAUUUUUUUUCUUUAAUACAGAUUGAAAUUGACCAGAUCUUUGCUCUGAAUCCAACACUUGUUGUUCAACCCAAACCAAAGCCCACUCCGUCCAACAAACGGAUAUCAACCACACCCAGUAACAAGGUAGGAAUGGAAAAAGUUUUCCUUUGUCGCAUUAUCUUAUGAUGUUAUUUAUGGGUGAAAAUACCUUUCUUUCUUUUUUAGAAUGCAAGGAAUGAAAAUCACAGUGCUCCUUCACCCAAAGUCCAUCCACAAUCAGGUUAUUGUUUGUUUUGAAAUUUAAUAAUAAUUGAUACAGUAAUGUUAGUGAGAGGGUAAUGAUCCCAUCAAUGUCCUGUUACUCUGUUAAGACCUUUUCCUAUCCAUCAAAAGACUUUCAUUUUCUUCAUUGAGCUGAAGUUGAAAUAAGAGACAAAGUGGCAAAGUGUCAGCACACUGACGCCAGUAUCUGGUAGGCUUAGCAUCAAGGGUGCCAUGCUCUGGAUGUAGAGGGGCACAUUGUAGACUUGGCUAAGUCAUUGUGUUGUGUUCUUGGGCAAGACAAUUUGCUCUCACUACACUCUUUUCCACCUAGGAGUGUACAGCACAUUGAAGCAAAAUCUGAUCAGCUGGGGAACAGAAGGAAAUGAAGGGGGAGGGGAACAGUGGCCAUGGGAAUGGAGGGGCAGGGAAUAAGGGUGAAACAGAAGGAGGAGUUAGGGAACAGGGGAGCAUGGGGGACAGGGGUCCAAAAGGACAUGGGGAUAUGGGUACAUGGGUAAUGGCAAUAUUUCUUGUUGGAAAGGAAACCUAUGUAAACUUCACAUUGUGGACAUAUUGUAUUGAGUGCUGAGUUCAUUGAAUCUUUUUCUUUCUUUUUCUAGCCAAAGUUGAACGUCCUAUGGCUCUUAAUCUGGCUAAUGAUGAUGAUGGAGGUUCUCAGAUGGAAGUAGCACAGAAAGAUAGUGCUGAGUCUUAUCCAGGUACAGAAAGCACCUUAUUGUUUUGUUGUCACUGUUUGUUUGUUUGGUUUCCAGUGAAAAAAAUUUCGAAGCCACUAUAUAUGUACAAAGAGUGUGCUCCUGUAGAAAGAUUUUUGAAGCACACCUCUCAACAAACAGUUAUUGAGAAAUAUACCUGCUUGAAUUUUUCCAGUGAACAGGAGACGCUCCAAUUGUGUUAAAGAGAUAGAGAGAUUGAAAAAGAACAGAGAGGAAAGAAGGUAGGCAAAGUUCUUGGGGACCAAAAGAAUUAAAAAUGCAUGAUUAGUGAAAUGAGAGUCAAGAAUUUGGUCAGCACUUACCAGAGGAAAAAUUUUUGGAUACUGAAUAUUUAUGAGAAUUUGAAUUUUGAAUUUGCUUUGUGUACCAUUCAGAGCGCAACAACAAGAGCAAAGAGAAAUGAAACUUCGACUUCAGCAAGAGGUGGAUCCUGGAAAUCCUAAUUGGGAAUUUAUACAAAUGAUAAGGUGUCUUAACCGUCAAUUUUAAUUUUUUUCUCUUUUUUUGACAAUUUUCUCUUACACAGUCCAUUACUUUUUUCACAUAGACAAUGGAUCAUGUAAUGACUAAUGAAGAGCCUCUUUUUUUUUAAAUCAAUAGGGAAUAUCAAAGUGAUUUAGAUUUUAAAGGGCUAACAAUGUCUGACCCGGUAGGUUUUUUGAAAUUGUUAAUUAAUUUUCUUGUUCUGUAUUCUAAGUGGUCAAAGAAUGGUGAUGGAUUUUAACCAUUUAACUCCCAAGAUCUGAUUGUUCAUUUGCCCCUUUAGCUGCAAUACAUUUCCUUGUAAAUUAGAUGUAAGAAUUGGGUGAUGGAAACUGAGAUAACAACCUCCCCCUGAUAGCUUUGAAUAUUCUCAUUACCGGUUUGCCAGAAAAUGUAUGGAUACUGUGGAGAGAAGUUAUAUGUUAAUCACUUCUAGGAGUUAGAGGUUAUUUUUAAAUACUCUGAAAGAAGUCAGUAUCUUGGAAGUUAGUCAGUAAUGGCUGCUUAGUUAGUGUGUGCCAAGAUUUUAUUCUAACACAGGAAAAUGGGAAAAUAGGAAAUAAAAAAACUUCAUGUUGUCUGUGUGUUCUUUUUUUCCAAACAGGUGAUGGACCAUCAGAUUUGUGUAUGUGUCCGCAAACGGCCUCUGUCAAAGAAAGGUAACAGACACUGUCAGGGUUCAUCAAUACAGAUGAAGUCUUGAAUACAGGGCACCACAGAAUAGUUUAAUAAUGAUUAGGAGUCUUUUUUGUUUUAUUUUGCUGUUCUUCGUAUUAGAAUGAAAAAGCUUGGCUCAAUGUCAUUGCAGUCAGAUUAUUUACAAUUUUAUGUUUAUUUAGAACUCACCAAAAAGGAAAUUGAUGUUAUCAUUGUACCCAAGGGUGAUUAUUGUGUGGUAAGUGUAUGCACACUUGUUUAAUUGUGAACUCAAUUAUGUUUGUGAAUUGUAGUACAUGCACUGACUCAGUUCUCGGCAGGAACAUGUCUCCUUUUUACCUUGAUUUAAUGUUUUUUUUUUCUUCUUUUGUAAGGUUCAUGAACCAAAACUGAAAGUUGACCUUACAAAAUACCUGGAGAAUCACAAAUUCUGGUAAAUGUUUUUUUUGUUGUUGUUCUGUAUUCAGAACAGUUAUGAAUUUUUUUUCCAUCUAUUAAUUCACGCAACUUCUCAAACUUUGUGUAUUCGAAGAAACGUUUAAUGAGAACUCUGUCUUUCACAUUCGUUUUUCGAUGUUUACUGUUGGUCUCAUUGGGCCAUCAAAUUGUAUGUUUCAAAGGACAGUCUUCCCAACUAUUUAUUUUCACAAAUACUUCCUCCCUUUACCGGCUGAUUUUGUCUCGCAUUUGUCUCCCUAUGCCUAUGACAGAACAGAUUCCUUCUUUCUUACUGUGAUCUCUUUGUUGAUUUAUAUUUCGAUAGGUUUGAUUACGCUUUUGACGAAAAUGCGAAUAAUGAAUUGGUAUACAGGUAAGUCUUUGAGCAAUUUUAAAUGGAGUAUCGUAGGUAAUCCGAGAUUGGAUUGGUUUAGCUUUACUCCGCCCAGUGAUUGGUUCUAAAAAAAUGCGCCGCUCUCUCACAACCAAUCAGAUGCAAAACUAAAACCAAUCCCGACUUGGUCGCCCGCGUUUUCCUGCGCUUUGGGCGGUUUGCUGGGUUUUACUUUGAGUUCUUAUUGGUUCUUAAUGGUAUGGAACUUUCUACUGAUUAUGUAUUGGUCCUUGCGAUAAGUUUGGUUUUGAUUUUACAACAUUUCAUCGAAAAGCGCUCUAUCUACUUAACUUUGUAAUCGUAAUUCAUCGAAAUUAAACUUCCGGAUUACGGUUGUAUUUAUAACCUUUUUCGUUUGUACAGAUUUGUAAUCUUUUCACGAAGAAUAGCAAUACCUAUUAAGGUACUUCAUGCAUGAGAAUGCAGAGAUCUUGGUCGAAAAUUUAAUGGUCAUACCACUAUAUCAAGGCCUAAAAGCCUUCUAAAUCUUAUCUUUAACCCAUCCAAUGCCCGUUGUAUUCCCAGAUACACAGCCAAGCCGCUUGUGGACACGAUAUUUAACCAAGGAAUGGCGACUUGUUUUGCAUACGGCCAGACAGGCAGCGGAAAAACUCACGUAUGUUUUACAGUGUAUCACAUUCUUUCUCUGAAUGUCGAUUGAACAUCCAAGUAAUAUAAGCUGCAGAAAAUAUCAACGAAGCUCCCUGGAGGGAAAAAGUUAUGAUUUAUAGUAUUUUACAUCCAAAAUCUGUGUAUAAACGUCUUGUUACUGACCUAAGAUCAAGACCAUUUGACUUCAGACUUGUCUCUCGUGUUCAACGCUGCGAAACCCGCUAAAUGAAUGAACAUUUCUGCCACUUGAGAUUGUGGCAAAUUAAUGAGGGUUAUGGGGUAUUCGUCAAAUGCACUUGGUGUAAUAUUAAAGUAUUUGGGAUUUUUAAGUGGCGCACUUUGUACCAGGCAGUUUCAGAUGUACAGUUAGUAAAACAGAGAAAAAUGGUAGAAAAGCGCGAUAGAUGAGGUAGAGCGACAAACGAGGGAGGUUUUUAUCACUACACGUUUCUUGUAAGAAAGAAGUAGACACGAUUCUUAAUUUUUAAACUUUUUUUUUCAGACCAUGGGUGGUACUUUUACUGGGAAACAACAGGAUUGUACCAAAGGAAUUUAUGCUUUGGCAGGUUUGUCGUGCUUUUCUUUCUAAUUUGUUUUUUCUUUUAAUAGAGUCGAAAUAACCUUCGCUCAGCUUAAAGGUGGGAGAGCGCAAAUUUUUGCUUUGUACUCCCGAGGUUCAGAGAGAGCGUUUUUCGAUUCGGUGUCAUAAGACCUAAACAACGUAGGCACAACAGCCAAUAGGAACAGUUAAAAAAAUAUUGCAAGCAGCCAAUGAGAAGUCAUUUUUGGAGGGAAAACAAUGCCUGAAGCGCGGGAAAACGUGGGAGACAAGGCUGUGGUUGGUUUUAUCUUUACACCUGAUUGGUUGGGAAAGGUGGUGCGAAUUUUCUAGAACAAUCAGAGCACAUUGAAGCAAAAGUAAUAAGAACCCGGAAUACUCUCAACAUUCAAUUGAAAUCUGCUCAGUGGUAGUAUACGAAAGUGUAAUUUUCCCCACAUCUCACCUUGUUGAGUUAUGCUUUUCAUUCUGUUUCCUUGCAGCUACUGAUGUGUUCAAAUUGAGCAAAGCUCCCAAACACAAAAACAAGGAUCUUGUUAUUUCAGCAAGUUAUUUUGAGAUCUACGGUAGCAAGGUAAAACUAGUUACAACUUGUAUUGUUGUUGUGGGAGAGCGGGUCAUUAAAUUGAUUUAUUAAUGGUCUCUCUUUAUGCGCUUGAAGGUUUUCGAUUUACUCAACAAGCGGAAAAGAUUGAGAGUUUUGGAGGACGGCAAUCAGCAAGUUCAGGUACAGUGUGAAAUAAUAAAUGUUAAUUCCCCUCCCCCUCCCUCCUCCGUAGUAAGUCCUCCUCUCACCCAUUCCCCCUGAACAAAAUCUCAACAACAGUUAUGAUCUGCCAUUGUUUAUUUAACAAUUAUUCCACAAGUGCGCGUUGGAUAUGAGAUAAUAGAUAGCUAUAAUCAUCUCAUAUCCAACAAGCGCGAGUUUAAAUUAUUGUUUCAUUAAAAACGCCCCAAACUAAAGAUAAAUCUUCCCAACUUUACUUUUGUAAGAACAAACAGAGUGUUACAUUUUAAUUUCCGUUUAACUCGUCUACAUGCGCCCGCAUGGUAUAAUGGCUCAUAACCCAUGAUGGCUAAGCCAGUGAAAACUCUUGAAUUGCAUCGUCCAAUGAUCCAGUUUUUAAUAAACAGUAUUAUAAAUUGUAAUUCUUGAGUUUAGGUAGCUAUUCGGUACAAAGCACACUUUUGCAUGGAAGUCUGUUUUGCAUGUCGUUUCUAUGUUCAAUCUACAGGCCUUGAAUAAUCUUGAAGUCAAUUUUUCACAACGUUUUUUUUUCUAAAUCAGGUCUGUGAGCUGGAGGAAAAGAUCGUAAAUUCUGUACAAGAUACACUGAAGCUUAUAGAGCUUGGUAACAAACUCAGGUUAGGAAAGAGUCCUUGUAUAUGAUUCGUCUGAUUCCGUGUUAUUUUGGACCCUCUCGUCUGAUUCCAGACGAUACUGUUUGAUUUCGGAUAAAUCAUCCGAGUUUGGUCGGUUUUGUGUUAUUUCGGAAGGUUUCGUUCGAUCUCCGACGAUUUCGUUUGAUUUCGGACGGCUACCGCUCGAGAUUCCGAAAAGAUCGUUCCGAUUUAGCACGGAUCCGUCUGAUUUCGGAUGGUUCCAUGUUUUCAUUAAAAAAUUUACCUAGCUAUUGACAUACUUUUUAAAUGGCUUAAAAUUUUACUAUGUACUUGUAUAAUUAAGUGGUUUAGCUAUAUAUAUAUAUAUAUAUUUAUUUCUCUGUUUAUUUUAUACAGAACAUCUGGGCAAACGUCAGCCAAUCAAAACUCGUCCCGUUCUCACGCUGUCUUUCAGAUUAUUUUAAGAAAGAGGUUAGUUACCAUUCCACUCUCUUCUCUUUAUUGCUUGUUUGUUCACCGCCAUCUUGGGUCAUUUGGUCAUCUGGAGCCCGUCUCUAGGAAAACCUCUCUUUUAUCUUGUUUAUAUUCAAGGUCGAGAUAUUUUUUGAACUGAUCUUGUGAGCUUAAAUCCGUUAGUAGAUUUAAAUUCUUUAAAAAAGCUUCAGGCCCGUGAAGUUACCUUUGAGAAACGGCCCUUGAAUAAUCGAAGCCCGGAAUUUCGGAUUCCGUAUUCCGAUGCUCUAACACUGAGCCGCGGAGAGACUGCCUAUAAUGAGCCAGGUCAUUGCUAGGUUCAUGUCUUACCGAUAUAUUGUUUAACCUGUAGAGGGUACAGGAAAGAUGGUGGUGGAGGCCAACUCUAUGGAAAAUUCUCACUGAUUGACUUAGCAGGUAGUUAAAGUUGUUAUCUCAACUGGACACAUUUUUUUUUGCGGUUUGCCUUUUUGGUUCGAAACUCUUUUUAUUCAGAUUACUUUGCAUAUUAGCUCUUUCGUUGUUGUUGGUUUUUGCAUUUGUUGUUUUUGUUGUGGUUGUUGUUGUUGUUAUUUUGGUGUUUUUGGAAGGCUUAACUUUCAUGUUUUCUAUUUCUAUUUUUCAGGAAAUGAACGAGGAGCGGACACAUCAAACGCUGAUCGGCAAACGCGUCUCGAAGGCGCGGAAAUUAACAAGAGUUUACUGGCUCUGAAGGUUGGUGUCUAAUCAUGGUUAAGUUUGCCUACUUUGAAAAAUUUUUUUUUACAAAUUGACGAUUUACGAUAACCUCCUGUUCAUCUUUGUCGAAUUUAAAGGAAUGUAUUCGAGCUCUUGGACGCAAAGGAGCACAUCUUCCUUUCAGAGCCAGCAAACUUACACAGGUAAAAGGACAGAAUGAAACAAAAAUUUUGAAAAAGCCACAGAUAGACAGAAAAUCAGUCGAUCGACAUCAGUUAAACGACAUAUCCUUUCUCGUAUCUGUAUAGCCAUUGGUGCCAGGUUGAUAAAAAUUGUUGUUGUCCUGUUCCAACAGGUUCUGAGAGAUUCCUUCAUUGGUGAAAAAUCAAAGACUUGUAUGGUAUGAAUUAUUCUUUAUUGUUUUGUAAAGUUGUAGCAAUGAAAAUUGUUAUUAUUAGUUAUUAACAAAACAGUUUUUUAUAGUAUAUAUUAAAUUUUCAAGAACUACCUAUUAAGAUAAAUUAUCAUUAAAGUUUUAAAAAAUCUCAAAAUUGUUAUUGAUAUUAGUAUUAUUAUUGUCAUUGUUAUUAUUAUUAUCAUCACCAUUUUUAUUAUCAAUAUUGUUGGUGUAAUAUUUUAUAAAAAAUUCUCUUCUUUUAUGUAGAAUUUUAGAAAUGAAAAUAGUUAUCAGUUAUUGACAAGACAGUUUUUAUUGCAAGAACUACCUAUUGAAAAAAUUAUCAUUGAAAUUUUUUAAAAAAUUGCUGUUCCUAUUAUUAUUAUUAUUAUUAUUAUUAUUAUUAUUGUAAUAAUUAUUAUUUAUUGACCCAUACAACAUCUGACCCCUCCACAGAAGCUAAACCUUUGAACCUUUAACAAUCUUAUUUAUUCCUAUUUAUAGAUCGCAAUGAUUUCCCCUGGCAUGAGCUGCUGUGAACAUACACUGAAUACUUUGCGUUACGCAGACAGGUCAGCUAUGACGAUUAUUCUCCGCUCAUAAUCUUAUUUCUUCUUUUGAAUAAAAAAGAACAUCGCUAUAUGACAGCUGCGUUUACAUAUUAAUUUUAUGGUUUUCAACUCUUCAGAGUCAAAGAGCUUGGUCCAGAGAGUAAUGCGAAGAAGAAAGCAGCACCUGCCGAUGGCGGACAAGAUGACACGAGCGCUGAAGACGUGUCGGCCCUCUCUGAUGGGAGACACCUUAACAAUGUAGACCUUGCUCUUCUUUGCAAUCACAGCGUAAGUGCUCUUUGUAAAAUCCUCUUGGAGAUGAUUUGAGUGCUUUUCGGUUGAAUGUGUGAUUUUUAGUUCAAAGUUUGCUUAAUUCAAAGCUCACAAGAAACUGCAAGUGAAAGGUUUGAAGGGUUUUCUAUUUUCCAGGGCUCUGGUGAGCAGUCGCAAGAGCUUUACACGUUCCAUGAGGCAGUAUCUCAGCUGCAAGAUGCAGAGGAUAAAUUAGUGGACGACCACAGGAAAAACAUCGAGGUAAGAGGGAACGAACGAAGUGUCCAGAGGGUGGUCAAUAUUUUUCAAGGAGGGGUAGGGGGGUUCAUCGUUAGGAAUUUCUGCGCACCUCGCAUGAAAUGGUGCAAACCGCUGCUCUACCUUGUUACCAGUGGGCUCUUGUUGAUGCGGCGCCGACGAUUCUUCGGAUUCGUGCCUUUUCGACUCUUGAACAAAAAUGUAUAUUAUUGUGUUGAAAAAAUGUUAUUUCCUAAAGGGAGGGGGGGGGGGGGCAACGGAGAAUCUCCUUCCAAGCCUCUUACGCCCUUAUUGCCAAGUAAUGUUACUCUUCGCUAAAGCUAAGAGCGUUUGUAGGUAAGAAAAACUUAUGACCGGAAAGUUUGUUGAAUGUAGUUCUGUCCAUAACUAGGAAACUAAAAUGCUUUUACAAGAAGAAGACAAGUUGAUCGAAAGAGUAGAUAUGGAUGUCGACUACAACAUGGAAGGUUAGUCAACACCCAAACUAUCUACCUCUCUGUCUGUGUAUCAUCUAGGUAUAGAUCUUUCUAUUUAUCUACCAAUCAAUCUAUCUAUUUAUCUAUCUGUCUACCUAUCUAUCUAUCUACUUAUCCAUCUGUCUCUCUCUCUAUCAACUUUUCUAUCUAUCCAGCUUUCUACUUAUUGAUCUGUCUAUUUACUAAUAUUAUUAAUAUUUACUCUGUGUAUUGUGGUAGUUUUGGUUGUCAUGAAUUUGUUUUAACUUUUAACCCUGAUGUUAAUUGAAACUUAAAUUUGUUUUAACUUUUAACCCUGAUGUUAAUUGAAACUUAAAUCACUCAACGAUCCUAAAAGAUUUGAAACUUCUUUGAUUUCUCAGACUACGUGCGCCGAUUGGAUGAGCUGCUGUCCCAGAAGAUCGAAAAAUUCACGCAGUUACGAGGUAAAAACCUUAUCUAUCCUGUACUGCUCCAGGGACAUUUAUUUUUCCUUUUAACGUGCCCACGUGGGAAUUCCGCUAAAUUUUCUGCUUUUUAAAGGAGAUAUUUCUGGUGUUUUAUAGUCACGUACAGUUCUCAGAGAAAGAUGUUUUUUGUCUCGUACCGAGCGUGAGACGGAGAAAAAAUUCUGAGUCGCCAUGAGGUAUCGAACCUAAGAACUUCCGAUUCCGCGCUCCGAUGCUCUACCACUGAACUGCAGAGACUCUAUGGCGAGUAAGGCCUAUUACGAGGUCCAUAUAUGACACGCGCCCAGCAUACUGCUGGGAUCAGCGAUGUCGAAAGCCUCGUGUUUGUUAAUAGAAUAAGGGAGAUGGUAAGUUUUGAGCUCAGUAAAGAAAUAAAGAAAGAUGUUUUUCUUCUUGUCACGAAAAAACUUGUUCUAUUCUCCUUCAGAAAAAGUCAACAAGUUUAGAAAGCAACUCGAAGAGGAAGAAAUGGCGAGCAGGAAUAUUAGAAAGCUACCAGGUUAUUAAGAGAAGUAAAAAUACCUGGAUACACCCGGUGGGGUAGGGAGCUAUGCGAGCCCUACCAAGCAGACGACGGCGAAGGAAUAUGUCAUGUUAUGACGGUGUUGUCCCAUUCAAAUUUUAUCGAAGGGAACAGUAUUUAAAAGAUUUAUUGCACAGUUCAAGAAGUGUGGAAAGGUCUACGAUGUAAUAGGUGUUUUUUGCUAGUGGACUUGUCUAUUUAUUUAUUGCAUGGAAUCUUUGAGAGACAUUACUUUUUAACGAGUGAUAGGACAACAGAUAGUCGACCAUAGCGUAUUUUGAUGGAGUGUCGGUAAAUCUCAAAUAGAGGUAUCAAUGCAGCCAAUCAGAGCCGAAGAAAAUGUUUCAAGGAGCCAAUGGAAACUCCCUGCCUGAAGCGCGGGAAAAAUGCAUAUGAUUGGUGGAGAGGUUAUUGAGAAAAUGCCUCGACCAAUCACGGAGCGAAGAAAGCAAGGCCAAUACAAUUCAGGAUUAUUAUUGACGUCACUCAAUUAAAAUAAUUAUCUCUGAUGUUCGAUGUACUAUAUUAUUUUAAAAUUCGUUUGUAUAAAUGUUAGAUCACUUGUUUGUUUCUUAUUUCACGGAACGAGAACUGUUUCAGUAUGUGAACAUACCGUCUCUUCACUCGCGUUUAAAACUGAAUACCUUGCACUCAGCAUGUUGUUCUGUGUGAGAGAGAAAAAUGAAUAAACCCCUAAGAAC